CAAUCACAAUUAAGGAACCAUGGGAGUAAACUGGUAGGGAAGCUCGGCGGAACCACUGUGUUUACGGUGAAGCUUGUUUUAAUUUGCGAAGAAACGACAACUAUGCACCGGUACACUGUGGGACAUUUAAGCUCGCCAACUGGGAAUCGCUCCACUUUGACGGGAAUUAGCAUGAGGCGGUACAUAUAACAACAAAAACUUAGCGACUUUCAAUUGCCUGUGUCUUAUUUUUUGGCCACACAGCGUUCCAGUUUGAACAAAAUACACAAGUCACCGUUGAUAUUUGUACAAAAGGCGGUGCCGCAGAGGUUUAUAUUCACUCCAACCUCAGGAUAUUCCCGUUUAUUUGACUACAACUCGUGGAAAAUCUGGUCUGUACAUUUCAGACAACUGCCUUGUCGGUACAAGAAGACACUCCCAAAAACAAACGAAGCCAACCAGCGAUCUUCGCUUUUACUCCAGGGAGAGCAAGAAAGGAGCAGAUAUGAGUGGGGGAGAUGUGGUGUGCUCAGGGUGGCUGAGAAAGUCUCCUCCUGAAAAAAAGUUGAGACGUUACGCAUGGAAGAAGCGGUGGUUUGUUCUUCGCAGUGGCCGUCUGACAGGCGACCCAGACGUGUUGGAGUACUACAAGAAUGACCAUGCCAAGAAGCCCAUCCGCGUGAUUGAUCUCAACUUGUGUGAGCAGGUGGACGCUGGGCUGACGUUCAAUAAGAAGGACUUGGAGCACAGCUUCAUAUUUGACAUCAAGACCAUUGACCGUGUCUUCUACCUGGUGGCUGACACCGAGGACGAGAUGAAUAAGUGGGUUCGCUGCAUCUGCGACAUCUGUGGUUUUAACCCCACUGAUGACGAGGCAGCAAAAGCUGCUCACCAGUCAGCCAUCGGAGGCCUGGUAGUGGAUACCCCCCCACAUCCAGCACUGGGUAAUAUUGUUGGUCCAGCAGCAGGAGUGCUUUCCAGUGUGCCCCCUCCAUACCAACCGGUCAGUGUGCGACACCUGGACUCUCAGUCCAGUUCAGAGGAGCCUCAGGAUUACCUGUGGCUGGCCAACUGUGAGAGUAAAAAGCCUGAACCCAACAGAGCCCAUGCCGAGUGUUCCAAGUCUACCUCCUCAGAGACAGACCUGAAUGACAACCUCCCCUCUCACCGCACGCCUACAUCCUCCACCUCAUCAGCUAAACACACCUCGCACAAUGGCUUCUUCCCACAGCACCCGGCCCCUGCCUCUGCCUCUUCCAUCUACGACUCGCCUCCAUCACGUGGUGCCUCGCUCUCAACUGAUGGCAGCCUCUACCACCUCCCUCGCAGCUACUCCCAGGACACUGUGCUGCUCCCCAAGUCGGCCUCCUCCCCUCCAGCCCAUCCAGACAGUGGGGACACCUCUGAGCUUUAUGUCUUCAACACACCAUCACGGAAGCCCUCGAUGGAGACACAGCUCCGCAAUCUUUCCAUCAGUUAUGAUAUCCCACCUACACCUGGUGCAAACUGUACCUACCAGGUGCCCCGCACGUUGUCAUCGUCAACAGGGGUAGGAGGUUCAGAGAGUGGGGGAGAUGUAGUCCCCCCUCCAAGACCACCCAAGCCUUCGCUCAGUUCCACCUCAGGACCCCCACCACCCCCUGCUGAGCGCUCACCUACGGACACCUAUUGUGUGCCCCGGUCGGCCUCAGAGACGGAUGGGAACUACUGUGUGCCUACUAGUGCUGGGAAUAAAGCAUUACGCAGCAACACUAUUGGCACUGUGGACUGUUCACGCCUCCGUAAAGAUUUUGGAUCCCAGGACUGCUAUGACAUUCCUAGAUCAUUCCCCUCUGACAAAAGCUGCUCGUUUGACUUCAAUGAAAGCUUCAACAGCUACUUUAAAAACAAAGGAAUGAUGCCAGUGGGAAGCCAAUCCACAGAGGAAGUAGACCAGAACUAUGUACCCAUGAGCGCCAACUCCCCGUCACAUCAUCACUCAGGCAGUUUGACAGAGCCAAUGCACGAACCCAACUAUGUGCCCAUGACUCCAAGCACCAUGGAGUUCUCCUCUCUGGGAAAGCAGGUCCCCCCGCCCGCCCACAUGGGAUUCCGCUCAAGUCCCAAAACCCCUCCUCGUAGGCCAAUGCUCAGUGACUGCCAGCCCCCACCUGUGGACCGAAAUCUCAAACCUGAUCGCAAAGGUCAGAGUCCUAAAAUAAUAAGAGCAAAAGGUGUCGGUUUAGAGCGAACCGACUCUCAAACCGUAGGUGAAUUCCCAAGGGGACGACGCAAGGGAAAACCUGCUCCACUGGAGAUCAAACCACUGCCAGAAUGGGAGGAGCCCUGUACGCCUGUCCGCUCACCCGUCACGCGCUCAUUUGCUCGGGAUCUCUCUAGGUUUCCAAUGCCAGCGAGACCCCCGUCAGUGCAUAGCAUGGCCUCCAGCACUGACUCCGAGGAGUGUGAAGAGAAUUAUGUAGCCAUGGUCUCUAAUAUGUCCACAGAUGAUCCAAACGUGAAGCUUGUUGCGCCCCUGACUGCGGAUGGUGGCAGCAGCCCCAUGGUGAAGCCAAAGGGAGACAAACAGGUGGAGUACCUGGAUUUGGAUCUUGACCCUGGCAAGUCCACCCCACCAAGGAAGAUGAAAAGCAAUGGAACUGGCAUGGCAGCAUCCGAUGAGCGUGUUGACUAUGUGGUUGUGGACCAGCAAAGGACACAGGCCCUUAAGAGCACCCGGGAGGCCUGGAACGAUGGCCGCCAAUCCACAGAGACGGACACCCCUUCCAAAGGACCCAAGUGACCCUGUUGUCCCAGCUACCAACCCACCCUCCAAAACCAUUGGGCCAUUUACACUAGUGUUGGUUCUGGUUUGUGCUUUGGGGCGGUCCAGCUGUCACGUUCCACCUCAAAUAGAUCCUUAGUGUGUAGGGGCCAGUGGAGCUUCAUAGCCACUCAACUGUCUAUAGUUUACACUGCUGUCAAGCCGAGAACAGCACUGUGUGUACAGUUGUAGGAAGAGGUGCGGGCCAGGAAUAAGCUGUACGCAGAAUGAAAGCGGGUGGAAGGAUUGGACUUGUCCUCGGGGUUUGACUUAAGCAGACUCAUGAACUUUGAACAUUCACUGCCUACUAUAUUGGAUUUGUUUUUUUGUUCUGUUGUUCACGUUUCAAUGGGCGAUGGGUCGAUCCAGAGUUAACAUUUCCUUAAAUUAUAAUGCUGUUUGAUGUUGUUUUGGAGUGUACGUGAAAUCACUUGAUAACAUGAUCACAGUGAAGUGUCCAUAGGCACUGUUGACAGGUCAGUUUUACUAUUCCUUCACUUGGUCAGAGUGGACGGCUGAAACUGUAACUGUUUGUGUCUGAGGCCACUUCAAACCAGAUCCCUGAGAUAACCCAGUACGACAGAAUUUUAGAGUUUUAUUACUUUUUUCUUUCAGUGCAAAGGCAGUUGAACCCGUUCAUUCGACAUGUAAACAAGUGCUCAAUUUAAGCUUUGGAUUCACUCAAGGUUUAAUCCACUGAACAUGAUUUGAUUUCCAUUUACUUUGUAAGUGGAGAUGCUUCAAUCUGUUAUAAUGGAAGUGCAAAGACUGUACAAAAGUGUUAUGUAUAUAAACAGGAAAAGUGUCCUUUAUUUGUAUGGAAUAUCCAGUGUGUUUGGCUCGAAGGUAUGUGGAUUCUGCAGGGUAGAAUCCUGUGCCUGUCUUAGGUGGUAUCAGGACUUGUGAUUAAAGAAUGAAUUACUGUGAGUUUUUAGAACGUGACAGGUUUUCUAUAAGUUAUGCAAAGGUAUCAAACUUAGGCUACAGAGAGAAAAUCAGGUACUCUUUAAAUGCAAACUAAUACAACUAUCCACUUCUAAUUUAUUUCUCAAGUUAUUUCAUCAGGUGGAUGUCGUGUCCCCUUUCAGCUUUCAGCUCAGUAUUCUUGAUUCAUAUGGAGGAACAUUUGCUAAACUGUUAAAAUGCUUAAUUUGACAAGCGCUGGUCAAUUAGUUUCACAAGUUCAUUGAUAUUCCUCAUUUCUCUCUCCUCUUAGGUUUAAUUUAUUUCAAAUUGAACUGGCAUACAGUUUUGGGAAAUUGACUGCCUCAUGUAGUCAACUAGAUACAUCUUUUAUAGGCAGUGAAAAAUCUUUGUCUGCAUAGAUCUGUGCUUUACUAACCUGUGAACUCUCAGUCAGAAGUCCCAAGCAUGUGCUGCCACAAGAUAAAAUCAUUGCUGUACAUAUUUUGCCAUCAGUUAGAUUAAUAUGUAUCAUCUGAAAAAUGUGCCUACUAAGUCAUCUACAUUCUACUUCACUCUUUCCUUAUUGCAGUCUCUUUGUGAUAUGGACUGCAAAGCUGAUGACGCUUUAUCUUUUUUAAUGACAGAAAAUGUAAAUUUUAAAAGUGGACUAAAUAAAAUCAAACCUCUUA